AGACCAUUCUUUGUGUACCUUUUCGCAUAAUAGUAAAACAGAUUGUGGUUUUUAUGGAGUGAGUGGUGUUAUAUCUGUCAAUCUAAUGACGUUAAAAACGUAAAUGUGCGAAAUUCAGGAUUAUUCUAUUGAGCAUAAGGAUAUUUAUGAGAAUAAAUAUUCGUUGUGCUCAGACAUGGAUCUGUACAUAACAGACUCCCUCCAGGACAUGCUGGACAUGGACAUAAAGAAUGAAAUCGCUACAGAUCUUAGCAGUAUCACAGACUUUUCUGAUUCAUUAGGAUUAAAUUUUACGGAAAUGCCGCCUCUAUUAGACGUUGAGGCAGACAAUUCUGCCACGUGGCUAAACAACACAUCAAGUUUCGUCCACAACCUAGAUCUGUAUGGCUCGGAAGCAAACGCCGUUAUGGUGAACCCGAAUUCUGUAAUGCCAUCCUCCUUUGCGGAAACUCCGGUAAAAAGUAUCGUGAAAGAAGAAGCGUCGAAUUUACUCUUAACAUCGGUAGCUAAUAAUGAUUCGAAUAAUAGCAUAUCACUGCCAAGUCCAAAAGAAGAGAAAAGCCAUUUAACGUUUUCACCAAAUGCUAUCAAGGUGUCGAAAGUACAAGAGCCGGCACCAGAACCCGCGCCUAAAAAGCUCGAAGAAGCUAAACAAAUGGUGAUUUAUGUUCGCAAACACGAAAAAAAUGUAGUUAAGGACUUACUAAAAGACUUGGACAAAACUAAAGCGUCGAGUCCAUCCACUCCACCCACUGUUAGAAUUAAGGCACAACCAGAAGUACUAAAAGUUAACACUAAGAACUGCUCCAUUUUAAACACGAACCAAAAAAUAACGCAACAAAUAGGAACGAAAACAAUAAUAUCUGGCAAUAUACACAUAAUAGACGCACAACAAUCUAGGACAAUUUUAGCGAAUGGAAACAAAAACCAGGCGACAAUAUUGAUCGACAACUCGUCGUUAAAUAACAAUAGGCAAAUAAUUAAAACUUCAGUAAGCAAUGCAUUUACUGUUGAAACAAGUCAAUCAAAAUAUGUAAAUACUAGCAAAAGUACAGUUGGCUUGAGUGAAUUCCCAAAACCAGCGUAUUCUUAUUCGUGUCUAAUAGCAAUGGCAUUAAAAAAUUCAAGAACAGGAAGUUUACCCGUCUCAGAAAUCUAUAAUUUCAUGUGUCAACAUUUCCCGUACUUCAAAACCGCGCCAAACGGCUGGAAAAAUUCCGUUCGGCACAACCUAAGUCUAAACAAAUGCUUUGAAAAGAUUGAGAAACCCUCUACUAAUGGUAGCCAGAGAAAAGGAUGUUUAUGGGCAAUGAAUCCAUCAAAAGUUGGAAAGAUGGACGAAGAGGUACAAAAAUGGUCUAGGAAAGAUCCUCAAGCGAUUAAAAAGGCUAUGGUUUAUCCUGACAGUUUAGAAGCGUUAGAACGCGGCGAGAUGAAGUACAGCGGGGCUGGCGGCGACACGGACGCCGACGACGAUGCGGACGCGGACGCCGAGGCGGACCUCGAUGCGGAUGUCGAGAUAGACCCCGAGAUCAAAGUGGAGAUGGAGGAUGAGGAGGCUAUUUUGGAACAGGAGGUAUCAGACCAGGAGCUUGAAGUGGAGGAGGUGGUGGAAGGCACGGGCAUGGUGGGCGGAACGUACCGGCUGUUGGCCACCGGGCCGUCCUCGCUCACGUCAUACAUCACGGACGUGGAGUCUGGCGACGACGUCAGUGAUAUUGAGGUGCUGGACCAAUCAUACGAGGAGAUCGACAUCGACGUGACGAAGCCAGUCAAGCUGGACUUGUCUCUAUCGGAAUCGUACGUGAAUUCGUCGAAGCGACCCAAGAACAGUUUCGUGUUCCGAGCGGCCGCCGCGCCGCCCGCCAGCCGACGCAAGACACCACUCGUCAACCGCGUCGCACUCAUGUAAGCCACCUACUUACUUAAGGGUGCUGAAACUAUGCCUCUGGAUCGUUCUGGAACUAACACUCAAUCGUUUAUUGCUUUAACACAUCUCAAUCAAUCAAUAUGGACCCUCAAAUACCGCUUUCUGUUACUUACCUUUUUGUCACAUUCCUAACAAUGCGUGUAGGAAAUAACGUGAUACGGCUCAUACGGCUAUGGUGUCUGAUUUAAGUAGAUCUGAUGACCCAUCACACAUUUAUUCCCUAAACCAGACGCGACGCAGUUUUCGUCUCCAAAAAUGGUGGCCGGAAUGUCACAAUUGAUUUCAUUGUGUUAGUUCCAAAAUGAUCCAUUGGCAUCAGUACUAUUAGCGUAGCACCAUUAUAAUUAAUUAUGUUUAGUGACAGUUCACGCAUGCAGUUCACAUCGUAUCGUCUUGGUGUCCCAUACAACUGGAGAGCCUCCCUCUUGUCGAACGCUCGAGUACAAAUUCAUUAUUGUAGUGUGAAACUGAGGCUUAUGCUUCUUUUGUACUUUAAUACUUAUAGUUGCAACGCCCGAUGGUCCACGUUAGUAUUAUAGCUUUUUUGAUAUCCAAUAUUUUAUGUGAAGUGCAGUCUUCGCAACUCAUGGAGGUACCAAAUAAUGAGAACUAUAUAAAAUCAAAAACACGUGUGUUCGUCGAUGUGGACGCUCUCCUACGUUUUGCUAUCGUACUUGUACAUUUGAAACUUGUCCACAUAACUCUUCGCGACUAUCGCGAUACCUCUCUACAACGGCACGGCAUCUAUUGUCUAUAUACCUUGUUAGUACAUAAACGUACCGCGAUAGUCGCUCAGAGCCCCGAUUACGGUAACUUUUAUAACGUCUACAAUCCAGACGCGUUUCUGAUUCUGCGAUACGAUUGGUCAAAACAGCUGACGUACGCUGUUGAACGACCAAUCGUAUCGCAGAAUCGAGAAGCGUGUCUGGAUUGUUGACGUUAAAAAUUACCGUAAUCGGGGCUCUGGUACAUGCUGUUAUUUACCUAUUUCAUAUAACUCGCUGACGAUUAACGAACUGCAUGUUUGGGACUUGUCAAAUAGCAAACUUUACUAUACAUAGGAUUUAGAAGCUAGCCUCUAAGUUACUUUAAAAAUUGUGAUCGUAAGAUAUGGGGUCAAUAGUUUAAUAGUUUCCAGUGAUUGUUCCGUUAUUAUCUAAGUUGUGAAGAGUGAUUCGAAUCAUAAAUAAUUUUGCUGUGAAUUGGUGUAAUAAACGUUCUCAAAUUCGAUUGAAUGUGAACGGUAUAGUCUGUACCAGAUAAGUGUAUUUACGUGUUUUAUACAGAAUUGGAACACUUGUUACAUAUCUUACACUAUAAAUUAAUUUUAUUGUCCCUAAUUAAGGAUUGGUUCCAUUUUGACAUUUCAUUGUGUGAUUCGAUUUUAUUAUGUAUCAUAACUGUAUCUUCUCAAAACUAGAAUUAUUAUGCUCCUGAUGAUACCAUUAUGUGUGGUUGGCAUCCAACCAUAUUAUCAGUACAAAGACUGUUCCUUGCUGCUGUGUUGACUACUUUUGUUUUAAAAUCUAAAUCAUAAACUAGAUGUUGUGCAUAACACCAGUCUAUUUCUGAUUCUCAAAAGUCUCUAUGCAGUGGCAAGUUCAAGCGGGUAUAUAUGUAUGUAAAAAUCCCACCGCUGGUUGUAUAUAAAUUUUAAUCUUUAACUUCUGCCAUUGUUACAUAGGUUUCAUACAAAAUGUACUAGUUUUUUUUUUCAUCAGAAUGGACAGUAUUUACUGCUCAAUUGGAAGAAAAUUACUACUACAUUUUACUCUUAUUAAAUGCGUUGUUCAUGUUUAAUUGACUUCUUUGUUUUUUGUGUCUACAUUUUGUAGAUUUAGUAAUUCGUACAUACUGGUUCUACUACAAUAAUAACAAGACUAAAUGUAGUGUAUACUGCAGUCAUUAUCUCAUUCAUGACGCUGUAGAAUUUACUUUGAUAGUAUGAUAAUGAUAUGAAUAUGGUUAUGAAAAGAACACCAUCGUAAAGUCCUUGUGCAGGAAGGCUAUUCUAUGUCCUCAAAAUAAGGGUAAGUCUGCACUUUGGGUAGCAACUUACCUUUAAGUUUUAAAACAUUUAAAGUUCGAAAUAACCGUGAUUUUUCAUGUUUUAAAACCUGUUAAACUACAGCUGGGUCUCCAGCGCGUGUUUGCCCUACACAAUCAACAAAACAACAUGUCAACAUUUUUUUGUAGGCAAUUUUGUUGAAUGUUGAGAUGUUUUUAUUAAUUGUGUAGGGCAAAACACGCGCUAGAGACCAGGCUUUUCAUAGACAUGCAACUGAAUGUCAGCGCUAUGUUGGCAGGCACCAUACUUUUCAUACAAAGUAGGGAAAAAGUUAGAAAACUUUUAAUUAGGUAAUAAUAAUAAGUGUAAAUAAAGUUCACUAAUUAAAUAGUCCCAGCCAAACUACGAUUGCGUUGGGAUUCAAACAAAUUGUGUCUAUAACUUGAUUGUUCAAUGAGGGUUGAACAUUAGUUUCAUUUCAUUCAAAUCAAAUUCAGUUCAUGUAAGUAAGUGGUCUCUCUAAGUUUACAAAUUUGUUUCAUGUUGUAUGUAUUUUAAAAGAAUAAAAAUGUAAUGUCAACAUUUUGGAACUACUUACAGUAUUUCAUCCGUUACAAAAACUGGUGUUUAUUGUAUUGUAGUACAUUAAUAUUAACCAGGGAAUAAUAAUGUUAAGUCGGUUGUGUGUGGUAGAUCUCUCGAAUGUGGUGUUUAUGUCAAACUAAAGUCAACACUUAGCGUAAGCUUAGAAAUUAUUCGAAUUUUAGAUGUUUAAAAUCAUGAAUUGUUUUUCGUAGGGUCCCUAACAAUUAAAUUUAGUAUUAGCCCUAUAAUUGACACUGAGUCACGAAUGUCCUAUCUUCCACUUCUAUGAAGUUAAGGCGAUUAACUGAUCAUUUAAAUGUCAUUAGUAUGAAAUUAUAAAAUUAAGUUUAUUUUUCCUAAUCCAUUGCCUGUAAUUUUCAAUGAACUUAAAUAAAUAAUCAAAAUUGUAGAAAACUAUUAAUCAUUUAGAUUAGAUGAAACUGUGAUAUGGAAUUUACUAUGAGUGUAACGCACCAUUACCAUGAAAUCAAUUUAAGAGCGAGUGAUUUAGUUAGUGUAAAAGAGACAACUCCUAUUUCUGCAAUAUUUGUCACUAAAAAUAAAUCAAUUUGUCUUCAUUGAAGAAUAAUUAGGGUAAUUAGUGUUGUAGUUGAAACUGAGCAAUUGAUAGAUAAAAAUUCUAAAUGUCGGUUAUAAUCUAGAGAUAAGUAAGUAUGUUUACGCCAUAAAUGUAAAGUUAUGGCGUGUGUUGACGGGCCCGGUUUCUACCCGGUCCGGCACCGGGUGUAGAGACUGCGCGAGUCGUGUCAUCGAGCCGAACGCCGCGCCGGGUAAAAACCGGCUCGUGAACACACGUACGCCCGGCGCCGGACCGGAUAGAAACCGGCCCGUCAACACACGCGCUUAGGCUCCCGAGUACUCCUAAUGUGCGUCUUUUGUCCAAUGCUUGAAUGCUAUGACGUUAACCCAACUGCCACCUAGGCUCUGGAAUUUAGCACUAGAAUAAUAUUAUCGUGUCACCUAUUUUGCCUAGAAUUUCGUUAUGAUUAUAACGUAUCGGUGCUUACCGGCUCUAGAAACACUUGGCACCGACCGGGUUAACUGUCAGGACAAUAAUAUUUGUAUUUUUUCUUAGCCUAAACUUUAUAUCGGGUUUUUAUAUAUUGUAAGGUAUUUUGUCUGACUACAACCAUGUAAAUGGUGAAUUUAUUCUCCAUAGAAACCAGUUAGAUUUAUAUUACAGACAUGACAUGGCUAACAAAUUAAUGUUUACAGGCAACUAAAAUUAGGUGCUUUUUGUAUACUUCUUAUUUUGUUUUAUAUUACAGUGCAAUUGUGUAAAUAAAAUAAAAACUUAUUUUUUUGUAAUGAAUCUGUCGUCGUAGUAAUUGUAAUAUUAAUAUUAAAGUAUUGUUAGGUAUGGCAAUUGGAGAGCUAACAAAAUGCUAUACGCAUACUAAGCCGGUAUUAAUAUUGGAAUUUCUUACUUGUAAGUGGUUAUUAAACCGUAACUAAAAAAAUGACCGCUUUUUGCAGUAAUAGAUGUACAUGAACUUCUUAGUGAAAGUAGCAAAAAAUAUAAACGUUUUAGCUCCCAUUAGAAAUUAAUUAGGUACUAUAAAACUGUAACAUCAAGUUCAAACUAUGUACGUUUGCUGUGAUACGUGCGUCAUCCAUACAAUGAUUUUAAUAUACCCAGUAAGCCAUAGCUGAUAAUAAUAAUGACUAUAAACAUAAUAUCUCCAAUUUAUCGGCUGAAUAAUUACUUCUAUCCGUUCCGUGUGUCCGGUUAGUAAUUAUUGUAUUUUUCCACUGCCAGUAUUUCCACAUUCAUGUAAAAAUAAAACUAGUAGUAAGUUCGGAAAAUAGUUUUAGUUCUAAUUAGUCUGUAUUCUGUAUUAGAAAUAAGGAAACUAAGUUGAUGAUUUUUAAUAACAUUUUUGUAAUAAAAAUAAAUUGAAUAAAUGCAACAUAAACAU